GCAUUCAGAGCAUAUUCUACUUAAUUGCUAGUAAUUUUAGUUGGCCCACAAAGGAAUAGCACACAAUGGGCGGACAUCACGGAGAACCCUACAAGGUGCCACAUCCUUCGAUCUACAAGGUGGAAAAUGUGCCACAGCUGUUGGAAGUGAAAGAAGCUCUGGGCCGCCAGGGAUUGAGUGAUCCGUGGCUAAGGAAUGAAGCCUGGCGCUACGAGAAGAAGGCCUUCGGCACCCACAGAUCUCGUCUGAACACCUUCAUGUUCCGCGGUCUCGGCGUUGGCUUCUGCGCCUUUCUUGCGACCAUUGCCGUCGAGUACGGACUGGGUAUUGGCAAGGGCCAGGGUGACCAUGGACACGGUCACGACGACAAGGGCCACCAUUAGUGAAAUUGAUUAAAAAUCUAUAAACAUUCA